UUGAAGUCUACGCAGCUACGAAGAGAGGAACGUUGAAUUGUGAUGAAAGGCUCACUGAUACAUGACAGUUUUUGCUAAAAUCUUUACAUUCUUGUAUUAUUAAUCAGAUGUGAAAAACGUCGUGAGUCGGUGACUAGCUGCGAUAAAGACUUAACACACGGACCACCCAGCUCCCGUAGACAAUGGGUUAAUGCUUGUUUGACUGACAUUUAAUCUCUUUGAUUUUGUACAAAGAUGCAAGUUCUCCUAAAGGGAGGGGCUACCUCCCUCCAGAGGCUAGUACCCAUAUGGAGUGUAUCACAUCGUCUCAUCCACCCUUCUGUCACCCGUCUUGCCGGCGCCCGAGCUCCUACAUCAGUGGACUUGCCGGAUAGAGCCAAGGUAGUGAUUUGUGGUGGGGGUAUCGCUGGGACCUCCAUUGCCUAUCACCUUGCCAAACUUGGAUGGAAUGAUGUCCUUCUUCUGGAGCAAGGAAAUUUGACAUGCGGUACAACAUGGCAUUCUGUGGGGCUAGUGGGUUUGUUGAAGGGCCAGUCAGUGCUGGGCCAGGUGUCCAGAUGGAGCGCUGAACUCUAUGAAAGUCUCAAGGAAGAAACAGAUAUUGAUACAGGCUUUCGAGUAACAGGCUCAGUUUCGGUUGCCCAGACCCAGGAUCGCCUGACCUCCUUUAAGAGGUUGCAGGCAAGGGAAAGAGAGAUUGGAACCGAAUGCGAAAUAGUGACGCCUUCAGAGAUUGAGAAGUUGGUUCCGUAUCUUAGAACUACCGACCUUGUAGGUGGCAUUUAUUCACCUAAGGAUGGCAGAACAGAUGCUUCUAACACAGUCAUGGCUUUGGCUAAAGCCUCAAGGUCAAAUGGUGUCAACAUCGUUGAGGGUGUACAAGUUAACAAGAUCAGGAGUGAGAAUGGUCGAGUGUCGGCUGUCGAGACGUCACAUGGUACCGUCAAGUGUGAAUACUUUGUCAACUGUGGAGGGCAGUGGGCAAGAGAUAUAGGUUUGAAGAGUGAUCCCAUUGUAAGGGUUCCACUGCACAGUGUAGAGCAUCAGUACAUGAUCACCAAACCAAUUCCUGGUGUGGAGCCGCAGAAAUACCCAUAUGUAAGAGAUACCGAUGUUGGAAACUACUUGAUAGACUGGGGUGGAGGCUUCCUGGCUGGGAUGUUCGCCAAGAAAGGCAAGCCUCUCUUCUUUGACGGCAUUCCAGAGAAGUCAGAAUUCUUAUCCAUGCCAGAGGAUUGGGAUCAUUUUGCUCCACAUCUGCAAGGCUUUCUGAAACGAGUGGAGGGAGCUGAGAAGGCUGAAGUACAGCAGCUCUUCAAUGGACCCGAAAGCUUCACACCCGAUGGGCUUCCCCUCUUUGGACCUGCACCUGAGAUCGACAACUACUUUGUGAUGGCUGGUAUGAGUUCACAGGGCAUCGUCUACAGCGGAGGUCUGGGAAGGGUCAUGGCAGAAUGGAUCGUCAAAGGCCACGCCUCCCUCAACACGUGGUGUAUGGAUGUGCGGCGCUUCACAGAGUACCACAAUAACAAGGCCUUCCUGAGGGAUAGAGUCACAGAAACAGAGGGAAAUGCCUACCACAAUCCCUACCCCGGGGAUGUUAACUUUGAGACGGGGCGCAUGCUACGUUGCUCCCCGCUCUUUGGGGCGCAGAGGCAGGCCGGAGCAGUGUUUGCUGAGAAGGGUGGAGUGGAGAGACCUGUCUACUUCAUGAACCCAGCUAAUCAAGAGGCUUUGUAUGAUGAUCUUCAGAAAGGUAGCUUUGGAAAGCCUGCUUGGUUUGACUACGUGAGCGAGGAGUACUGGGCGUGUCGGGAGAGUGUCUGCCUUAUGGACAUGUCAUCAUUCAGCAAGUUUGAGCUAGAGUCUGAUGGUCCUGAGGCAUGUGCCCUACUACAGAAGCUAUGCCCCAAUGAGAUGGACAUGGCCAUAGGAUCAGUAGCACACACACCUAUGCUCAAUGAGAGGGGAGGAUACGAGAAUGAUUGCAGUGUCGCCAGAGUAUCAGAAAACAAGUACUUUAUCAUCUCCCCCACCCAGCAGCUGAGACGAGGAUUCAAAUGGAUCUCCAAGCACUUACCAUCGGACGGUUCCGUACAACUCAGGGAUGUAACGAGCCACUACACAGGAAUCAAUGUACUGGGACCAAGGGCAAGAAGUGUGUUACAAAGGCUCACCACGACAUCCGUUGCUCUUGUAGAUAUGAAGCCGUUUACUGUCCGGGACAUAAGUAUAGGAUAUGCCAACGCUGUGAGGGCCAUAUCGGUCACACAUGCAGGAGAAGACGGCUGUGUACUCUACAUUCCUAAUGAGAUGGCAAUCAAUGUGUACAAUUCGCUGAUGAGUGCCGGGAAGUCGUACGGAAUACGCAACGUAGGCUACUACGCCCUCAGGUGGUUGAGGAUAGAGAAGCUCUUUGCUUACUGGGCGGAUGAUUUCAACGACACGCACACCCCGUACGAGAUUGGAAGGGAGCACAGAGUGAAGUUUGACAAGGACAUUGACUUUAUUGGCAAGUCUGCUCUCCUGGCUCACAAGAAGGCAGGGAUCCGAUUUCGCCUCACUCAAUUCACGUUGGAAGACCACGACACCGACUACCACCACUGGCCUGCCGGCGGCGAGCCAAUCUAUCGCAACGGUCAGUACACCGGUCUCGUCACGUCGAGCGGCUAUGGCCCCAGCCUUGGCAAGAUUGUCUGUCUGGGCUGGGUCACAAACUCUGACCCCAUGACACAUGAAUACAUCACAAAAGCCAGCUACGAGGUGGACGUAGCGGGUCAGCGGUAUAAGGCGAAAGCAACGUUGUACCCUCACAAACAGGCUACAAGACAUGCCCUUAUAGGCUGAGAAUAGGAAUAACAAUCAUUGCCUCAAUUAAAUGCUACAUGAAGUAGGAAGGUUAACAUUUAUUCAAGCUAUUAUUCAACAAUCAGUAUUAACAUUACAGGAUGUUAAGGAAUAUGUGUGAAAAUGGGGCAAAGUAAUGCUUUCAUAUAUAAUGUCAAUCCUAACAUAGUCAUUAACCAGAAAGAACAAUGGCAAUACUUUGUUUCAAAUAACAAAUAAAAAUGUUCUCUCUAAAAAAAUGAUUUCUGACUUAACAUGAUUUUUGCCCAUAUAGUAUCUACUUUCUAAGAAUGUACAAUAAACACCAACAGAGCUGCCACUUUUGAUGCAGCUACGCAGUUUCUCAAAACAGAAUUAUGAUGUGGACAUUUUGUGGGGAUUGAAUUGAACAUUAUGAAGUUUUGAGAUAUUUUAAAGCCUGUUUUUAUCUGCAAUCCUCUGUUAAUGUGAUAUUCGCUUCCUACUCCAAGUCCAGCAAACAGAAGAUGAUUCUUCACUCAGGAUAAUCAGUUACUCUACGAAGAAUCCAAAUUCGUUUUAGACUUUUGCUGAUGACGGUUUAGACUUUCCUAAAUGUGGCAGAGAUUCUUUUUUAUGCCUCUGUUACGAAGUAGCCAGAGGCAUUAUGUUUUCUGGUUGUCCGUCCGUACGUCCGUCCGU